AUGACAGUAUUUGUCUCAGGUGCAACAGGCUUCAUUGCUCAGCACGUAGUUAAGGAACUCUUGAGACAAGGUUUUCAAGUGAUUGGUUCAGUUAGAACAAAAACAAAGGGUGACUAUUUGUCGAAGUUAAUCAGUUCAAAGAGUUUUUCUUACGUGGUGGUACCUGAUAUCGCGUCAAAAGGUGCCUUUGAUCAGGUUUUACAAGACAACGAAAAUAUUGAGAGUUUUAUUCACACAGCAAGUCCAGUUGAUUUCGAAGUUAGUGAUAUACAAACUGGUCUUUUGGAUCCAGCAAUAGAGGGAACCAAAAACGUGUUGGAAGCAAUUGACAAGUUUGGCAGCAAUGUAAAGAGCAUCGUUGUUACGUCGUCAACAUCGGCUGUUCGUGAUUCAAGCGGCAACAGACCUUCGAAUAGUACAUUAGAAGAAUCCGCUUGGAAUGAAAUCACCAUUGAGCAAGGCUUGAAAAGCACGAGGUUGGGUUAUGCUGCAGCCAAAACUUUUGCUGAGAAGGAAGUUUGGAAGUUUGCUAAUGCACACACGGGUUUCAAUGUGACAACCGUCAAUCCAACUUUUGUAUUUGGCCCUCAAGCGUACGAGGUAAAACAUAAAGAGAAGCUAAAUGAGUCAGCAGAGAUCAUCAACAAAGUUUUGAACUUGAGUCCAGAUGACGCUAUCCCUAGACUUACCGGAUUAUACAUUGAUGUCAGAGAUGUGGCAAAAGCUCAUGUUGCUGCUGUUAACCACCCAAAUCAGUUCAAUGGGCAAAGGUUGUUACUCAUUGACUCGGCAUGGACCAAUGAACUUCUUGCUGUUAUUAUUAACAAACAUUUUCCAAAUGCUGACAUUCCAAAAGGAAGUAUUGAGAAAAGUGAUGAAGAAUUGAAGAAAGCAAAUCUGAAAUGGGACAAUGCCAAAACUAAAAAGCUUUUGGGUUUUGAGUUUAUUCCACUUGAAAAAUCGGUAGUUGACGCAGUUAAACAACUUCUCGAUGCCAAGUAA